CCACGGGUGGGCUCGGCAUGGGGACUCUGGUGACACCGGGGACGCGGAGGGGCCAUGGGUGUCCUCGGGGCGCUGCUCGGGGCGGUUUUGGUGGCCGUGGCCGUCGCUGAGCCCGCCGGCUCCGCGGCCCCGCACGUCGUGGCCGAGGUGCUCUCGUGCCAGGCGGACGCUCCGUCCCUGGCGCUCUCGGUGACCCUGGACGGGCGCGGCCUCUCCUGGUUCCACUUCCCGAGCUCGCGCUGGAUCCCCGAGGCCGCGGAGCUGCGGGCCUGGCCCGAGGGGCUGGAGACGCCCGCGGAGCUCCUCGCGGAGACGCAGCUGUGCCGCGAAAUCCUGGGAAUCCUGGGCAAACAGCUCGCCGGGCUGCUGCCCCGGGCCAGGGGAACCCCGGUGGUCUCGGUGUUCCCGGCGCGUCCCCCAUCCCCAGGAGGUGCCACCACCCUGGUGUGCCUGGUGGAGAACAUCUCCCGAACCCCGGUGGUCUCGGUGUUCCCGGCGCGUCCCCCGUCCCCCGGAGGAACCCCGGUGGUCUCGGUGUUCCCGGCGUGUCCCCCAUCCCCAGGAGGAACCCCGGUGGUCUCGGUGUUCCCGGCGCGUCCCCCGUCCCCCGGAGGUGCCACCACCCUGGUGUGCCUGGUGGAGAACAUCUUCCCUCCCUCGCUGACCGUCUCCUGGGUGGCCGGGGCCGGGGUCGCUCGCGGGGUCACUUUGGGUCCCUUUGUCCCCAACCCCGACCUGACUUUCGUCCGAAUUUCCCGAAUUUCCGUCACCCCCCGGCCCGGGGACGUCGUCGCCUGCGUGGUCACCUCGGGCAAGGACAACGCCACCACCGUGGUGGCCUACUGGG